UGCACUUUUGGACACAAGGUUCACAUCCUUAUCUUUUCAUGUUACUCUAAACAGUACAGCUAGAGGCAGAAUGGUGCUAUAUUUUGGCUGCGGUGUGCUUCUGCUUACGUUACUUGUUCUGCCGGGUCUAUUUCUCGGUGACUUGGUAUUCCAUUGUCCGAAAUGCACUGCGGAGCGCCAAACUGCAUGUCCUUAUCUCGCCACCAACUGUACUGAGAUAGUCAGGGAGCCCGCCUGUGGCUGCUGUCCGGUGUGUGCCCGGAUAGAAGGCGAAUUCUGUGGCGUCUACACACCGAGGUGUUCCACAGGGCUGCGUUGUUAUCCCGCUGCAGAUUCAAAAUUGCCCUUGGAGCAGCUGGUUCAGGGGUUAGGGCGAUGCUCACAAAAAGUGGAGUACCCAGUACCCAACAGCACUCAAGAGCCAGUUGACAGGAGUGGACCUAUAGUGGAGCAGCAUGGCACUGAGGCCCCCACUCAGAAGAAGCCGAUCACAGAUGUCAGGAUCUGGAUAUUGUCCAAAGAUCAGGCCACAAGGCAGUUCCAGAUCGAGCUCAAAUCCAAGAUGAAGACCAACAACUGUCCCGAGGAACCUAAGACCCAGCUGCCCAUCAAGGGCCCUUGUGAACAGGAGAUGGACAAGGUGCUGGAGGAGAUCUCCAAGAUGAGCUUCCAUGAUAACAGGGGACCAGUUGAGAAUCUGUACCAACUCCAAUUCCCCAACUGUGAAAAGAUAGGCCAGUACAAUCUCAAACAGUGCCACAUGUCCACCCACGGUCAGCGGGGCGAGUGCUGGUGCGUUAACCCCUUCACAGGUGUCCAGAUCGCCCAGUCCCCCAAGGUGCGGGGGGACCCGAACUGCAGCCAGUAUGUGGAGAAGCAGGAGACGGAGACUGGAACACAGUCCACUGCUGUCCUGCAGGUGGCAGAGAUAUAACAGCACUUCACUCACACCCAGAUACCCCCCGCAGUGGAUUGGUCCAAAUUGACUGACCCAUGUGCAUGGGGUUCUUUCAAUGUAGCUGUUAUGUUCCCUGUCAAGAAAACCAAAAAUGUCACUCAAACAGAAGGCGGAGCUAACAAAGAGUCACUAACAACCAAAACAAAACAGGUGUGGUUCUAGGAGGGGUUCUGGAAGACACUCAUGGGAGUGUCCACUGAAAUUUGCCCACUAAGAUGCAAAAAAAAAAGAUAAACCCGCCAAAGGUGCUUUAACAAAGUACUGAGUAAAGGGUCUGAAUGCUUAUGUAAAUGUGAUAUUUCAGUUUGUUAUUUUUGAUACAUUUCCUAAAAAUUAAAAAAAACUGUUUUUGCUUUGUCA